CGACCCUUGCCUACCGAUUGAAUAAGCCUCUGUCAGCUCGCAUGUUCCCUUUCCCUGGACUGAAACAGGAUAUGGCUACUGAAUUUGAUAAUCCACUCCUUGUAAACACCAAGGUUGUCAAGCUCGAAUGAUAGAAAAUAUACUUUUUAUUUAUGAAGAAUCUUUAGCGAUCCCUCCAAACAAAAAGAUAUGGCAAUAUUAGAAAGUGACUAUUUACAAUGGUGUGAAUGCACUUGGGUUUGUUCAUUUGUUCGCUUGCUGUGUCUUUUGGAUCUGAGGUUCACCAACAACUCCCUUUGGAUCAUUGUCGUCAACCUUGGUGAUGUGUUCAGUAUCUUGCCACUUUGCCUCCUUGGGUCUAUCUCCAAUGGACUCAAUCACCUCUGUGGCUUCAGCAUUGCGAGGUCUGGCAUGGAGAGCAGCGGAAUUGGGUUCGCGGCCUAUAGUGUGGGUGAUUUUGACUUCGUUUUCUUGAGCAGACAUGUUGGGAAUGUUGAUGCAAUGUUCUGGUUUGCUGGCGGUUUAUAUAAUUGAUGUUUGGCAGGUUCUAACAUCAUAUUUACUUCAAGAUGACAAAAAAAAAUACCGAGUUUCAGACGAUAGGUUCGGUCUCCGCCUGUCAGAUUUUGUGUUCUGACAAUUCGACCAGAACACCCAACUUUUUUUAUGGCCGGGCAGGCAGUAAAAUUCCAUGCCUUUCGAUGGUAGAGA